AUGGAGGCCACCAUUUCAUCUUCGCCAGCUCGCGCCUCACCAGAUCUCGCCAUCCUACGUAGCAGAUUGCCAUAUGUCAACUACGAUUCCUCAGUCCUCCGGCCUGAUAAUCACGCCCAUCCCCAUCAGCCGUCAUGUUCCGCUCCCUGGAGGACCCUGAAGCCUAUAUAUGGGUCGAGGCACAUCUACGACGUGGCCGAAUUCUCCUUAUGGUGCGAAGAUACGGCCGAAUUCAAACUACCAACACCAGUACAAGCAAACUGGGUAAUGACCUACUACAGAGCCAAAGAAGUCCGGUUUGAAUAUCCUGUAAUCACCGUGGUUACCGACACCCCUCCGAACCCCUUGACCCUUACUAUUGCCGGUGUCGCUGCGCGGUUCGUCUCAGACACGCGCUUGAAUACAUGCUUUUCUGUCGAUACAGCCUACGCAUCGCCUCGUGUGCCUGAUCCUGUUCCGGUCCAGCUUCAGAAAUGGCUCGCGCCUACAAAGAGUGAAUCGGACCUGAUUCUCGCUAGUCUAGCGCCUCUCUGCAACGUAAAAGGGAUAAGUUGGUACGGUAUUUACUGCUACGUGGAGCUUCAUACUGGAGAUGGUAGAUCCUAUGAGAGACAUUCGCUGCCUGGACGUGUUGCGGGCAAAACUACGACCUACCAUCACUCAGAGAGUGACUUUUGGGACGAGAUGCAAUCUCGAGUAUUAUCACGACGUAUCCAACGAUGGCCUUCUGAAACGAGGCCGGACUUGCAGGAUCGCACAGACUAUCUGCUCGAAGGGUCUGGAGUCCUACGACCAGGGGUGUGCAUUGCAAACAGCCUACACCCCGACGGCACCACAUCUGCCGACUCUGAACAAACCACUAGCUGUGGAAUUCGGAUGCGCCAUCAAAAUGGCCAAGUCGUGGUUACUGUCUCUAACCAUGGAGUUAAGCAUUGCCGAGACGUAUAUCACCCCAGCACAGUGGGUGGGUCAAAGAUCGGAGAGGUUGUUGAUCGGUGGGAAACGCAGGACGUCGCCAUGGUUAACUUGAUGCCAGGGGUGCACUUCUCGAAUAACGAGUACUUCCAAGCAACUGCGCCCAAGCAUCUUGUUAAGUCAGAUCAUAUACUGAACGGUACUUGGUGUUCAUGUGAUGGGAUAUCCACUGGAUUAAUCUUUUUGCAAUGUCACGGUGCCCGUAUAUCUGAUAUCAACAUGGGAGUUACUGGCGGUAUACAACCCGAGAAAAUCACAUAUCGCAUGGAGAAGCUGUAUAGCUCAUUUGGGCCACUCGAUGGCACCCUAUCCGAUGGCAUAUGCGGAGCACCCAUAGUCAAAGAGGGAGAUCUCGAUGGUCCAGGCGGCGUGUGUGGUUUGUUUCGUUUUGGAAACAAAGAGUUUGCGCUUAGUCCAGUGCUGGACAACAUUAUCGACGCGGGUUGGGCGUUAUACGAUAGACGGGAUAACCAUCUAUAG